GGCUACAAGAAGAUGUCCUCCUGCUGGGAGACAGAAACCCAUGAGGCGGCGUUUUGGCUCUAGCGCACCGGGUCACUGUCAGCUGUAUGGGCUGGCACGGAGGGAGCAGUAGUACAUUACUAUGGCGGGGGUGUCUGCACAGAGCCGGGGCUGGUCCUCACUCUGCGGCCUCUACCUGCGCCUGCAUGCGGUGCGGCCGGGCGGCGGGUGGGCCUGUCACGGAUGGCAACACUCCCUGAAGAGUAGAGGGGUCUUGUGUGUAAUGCCACCUAGCCGUCUGCCAGUCCAAGCACAAAUCAGAUUGUAUUCUUCUAAUGACCUGAAAGAAGGAAGUGGCUCCCCUGCUGCUGCCAGCGCCCCAGACAAAUCUACAGCAGGACCGGAUUCCAGCAAACCGGAGCAAAAAAGCACUUUACUCCCAGAGUCUAUUCAGGUUAAAGUUAAAGCGGUGUUAAAAAAGCGAGAAUAUGGAGCUAAAUACAUGAAGAAUAACUUUAUUACCGGGGUACGAGCAAUGAAUGAAUUCUGCCUUAAACCCAGUGACUUGGAGCCACUGCGGAAGAUUAGACGAAGAAGCCCUCAUGAUGACACAGAAUCGUUUACGGUGUACCUAAGAUCAGAUGUAGAAUCAAAGGCUAUGGAGGUUUGGGGGAGUCCUGAAGCUGUUUUCAGGGAACGGAAAUUAAGGAAAGAAGAAGAGAUCGCUUAUAGAGAGAAUGUAUUUAAAAACCAGAAACUUUUAAAAGAAUACAAGGACUUUCUAGGACAUACCAAGCCUCGGCUGAGCACAGCGUCCAUGUUUACGAAGGGUCCUGGUAAAGUUGUAAUGGUUGCUAUCUGCAUAAACGGAUUAAACUUUUUCUUUAAGCUUUUGGCCUGGGUGUACACGGGUUCUGCCAGCAUGUUUUCUGAAGCAAUUCACUCCUUAGCUGAUACUUGUAACCAGGCACUGUUGGCAGUGGGUAUCUCACAGUCUGUACGGACACCUGAUCCUGGGCACCCGUACGGCUUUACAAACAUGCGCUAUAUUGCUUCCUUGAUCAGCGGUGUUGGCAUUUUUAUGAUGGGCGCUGGCUUGUCGUGGUACCACGGCAUCAUGGGCCUACUUCAUCCACAGCAAAUUGAAUCACUUCUCUGGGCAUAUUUUAUUCUAGCAGGAUCAUUAGUUUCUGAAGGAGCUACACUCCUUGUCGCUAUUAAUGAAAUUAGGAAAAGUGCGAGGACAAAGGGAUUGUCCUUUUACCAAUAUGUGAUCCAGUCCCAUGACCCGAGUACUAAUGUAGUGUUGAUGGAGGACGCUGCAGCAGUUUUAGGAGUGAUCAUGGCUGCCUCUUGUAUGGGUCUGACAUCACUAACAGGGAAUCCAUAUUAUGACAGCCUGGGCUCCUUGGGAGUGGGGACGUUGUUAGGAGCUGUAUCUGCCUUCCUCAUUUACACCAACACCGAGGCUCUUAUAGGUCGCUCCAUACAGCCGGAACAAGUGCAGCGUCUGAUUGAAUUCCUGGAAAGUGACCCUGCUGUAAGGGCGAUUCAUGAUGUCAAAGCUACAGAUAUGGGUUUGGGUAAAGUACGAUUUAAAGCAGAAGUUGAUUUUGAUGGACGGGUUGUGACACGAUCAUACUUGGAAAAGCAAGAUAUAGACCAGGUUUUGCAUGAAAUCCGCCAGGUGAAGACUCCAGAGGACUUAGAAGCUUUUAUGCUCAAACAUGGAGAAAACAUCAUAGACACGUUAGGAGCUGAAGUAGACAGACUUGAAAAAGAAUUGAAGCAAUGCAAUCCUGAGGUUCGGCAUGUUGACUUGGAAAUUUUAUAGGAGCGGAAAACAUUUCUAUUCAUGCAAUUUUUAGAGGAAGAGAAACGGAGACUGUACAAGAAGCUUCAUUUUAUUUUCUGUGUGCAUGCUCCAUGACUAAAUUGUAAAUGAGUGCAUAUUGCACUGCAAUGCAAAUGCUCUGCAUAAUAAGUCAUGUUUACAAGAGCAUCCUAGAGUCCAUUGUUGUAAAAUGAUUUGCAAUCCCUUUUGGUGCAGGAUAAAACAAAGCUAAUGUUAUUUAUUUGUGGAACUGCCUCACUGAAGUACACCACAUUGUUUUAUUUCAUUCCAUCUUCAUGCACAAAACGAUAUUUUUAUUAUUUUUUGUUUUGUAAAUAUAUUUUUUUAUUUUGGUUGAAAGCUUGAGAUAAGAAACCGAUAUUUUGCACUCCCGCAAAUUUUGCCAUUCCUUGAACUUAUUUUAUGCUCCUUGUACAGGACAAUAAUCUUGAUUGAUUCAUUCUAUUUGAGGACACGGUCAGUGCAACAAGUUAGCUGGCAUAAUAAUAGGACUUCUCCAGUAACGUAGUGGAAUCUAUGCCUUCAGUACAGCAUGCUAUAGACUGGUAUUUAGUGUAGGAUCCUGUAGAUGUACACUACAUAACUGAGGUCACACCAUAUGUUUCCCACUCACUGAAGACCAUCAUAUAACAUGUCUAUGCUUGCCUCUUUUUAAUUUGAAUUUAGAAUUAUCUGUUGUGUGGAAAUGGUGGUAACGUUACAGAAUGAUGCUAUCGUAGGGGCAAUCCAAUUAUACUUAUUUAUGUAUGGGGCCGUGAGCAAAAAUAUGUGUCUCUGGUGCUCAGAGGGGUGCGUAUCUGGUUGCCAUUGCCGUUGUUUACACGCCAUUGCAAUGGUAACUCGUACGCAAGCUGUUCGUAACUAAUAGGAAUCCCACUUUUGGAUAGCACAACAAAUCUCUUCUGGUCCCGGUGAUGUCUGUAGCUUCUACUGAAUGAGAAUUCGUUCACAUCUAUCCAUUGUUAAUGUGCUUCUCAGCUGCUCACUAAUGCUGAAAGUGUAGGAAAUCUAGAUUUCUUAUAGAGUUAUUUCCACCAUGGAGCUAUAUUUACUAAGCGGUGGCGUUUUAAAGCAGCACUAACUCACUGCAUACAGCACGCCUGGCUUUACACAGUAUGUGAGGGCAGCCUAAAAUUUUAAUUCCCAACGUGCCGAGACCUUCAAAAGAUGCAGCUUUUCCCUUUGUGUAAACAAGCACCGAUAUGUGUGUAAUACCACUGUUGCCUGGAAGAAUCAGAAGGUCAGCAGCACACCUUCGCUUUAGGUGCUCUCGGUAAAUUACAUGCUACAAUACUUUUUAUGUCAACUUUCAAAAAUCUCGUUCACUAUCCACAUAUUUAAAAAGCAUUUUCCUCCUCCGGUCCUGCUGUAGCUCAGCUGUAUCUGACUGGGCAUUGCUAGCUCUUCUCUAACCUUAUCCUAGAGUUCUUAGCUUACAAAUCUCACAUCAUUUUCUUGUCCUGCAGUUUUAACAUAGACCAGUGGUUCUCAAACUGUGCCGUGGCACCCUGGCGUGCCUCAGGGAACUUGCAGCAGUGCCCUGGAUUGGUGGUCCAGGACCAAUUCCAAUUAUUUACGGUCAAUGUAAUAGACAAAACCAGUGCUGGUGGCUUCCAGUCAUAAAAUAUGUUGACAAAAAGAAGUGAAUCCUGUCCCUCACUAUGUAACUGAACAUGACAUAUAAAAACAAUUUACUAAUAUUUUUUUUCUUAAUUUCUCAAUAAGAAACUUUUGGCCUAGGAGUGCCGUGAAAAACAUUCUAAUACUCUAGGGCGCCGUGACUCAACAAAGUUUGGGAACCACUGACAUAGACUAUAUAAUAUGCCUUUUCUCUGUAUUCAUAAUUACAUGUAGGAAAUAUUUUUUUAAAAUUUAUUGAUAAAAGGACAUUUAAUGCUCUGAUGUCUGUCUGAUCUGAUUUGUACAGUGUGUUUUAUUGGGAGAGGAAUUUAAUUUCUUUUUGGUGAACUGCUUCGGUGACUUAGUUUUUUAAAACUGUAUAUAAUCCAUUGUACCUGUAUAUAACAAGAGAAUGUUAGGAACUUCCGAUAGCGGUAUGACUGUGGGGAAGUGUCCCAUACUGUACGUCUGUCAUUUAUCUUACAUUACAGAUAGUUCUAUUAUGAUCAUCUAUAUUUUUAUUCCAGUGCUAAUAUGACUCCUUUCUCUACAGGCUAGAAUGUCUGCUUAACCUGUCUCUUUCUCUACAUAGAUUGUCAAGGACAUUUCAGGGGAGCAGUAAUACAUAGUUUUAUGUCUACAGACCCCACACCCAGUAAAUUGCGUUUAUAACAGCCAAACUACAGAUAAUUUGUUUUUAAUUGUAUAGUCUGUAGUUGGCUGGGGACUAUUAUGUUGAUGUAACAAGCUGUAGAAAAGAGUGAAGUGGACCAGUGGAGAAGUUGCCCAAUCAACUUUGAGGUAGCAAUUAGGUAGAUUCUGAUUGGUUACUAUGGGCAACUUCACUACUGCGGGUUCACUUCUCAACUCUUUGCACAGCUUGAUACAUCAACCCCUAUAUACCUUAUGUUUCAAGUGACCUGACCGUAUACAUUUGGAUACCACGCAGAUAUUAGCGAGGACCUGACUACAAAGGAAGCUAAUGCAUAAUGACUGAAGACUUUAUAAUAUGUUUUUGGAAAAAGUGACAGGUCUAAUUUAAUCUGUUGCUGGUACAAUUUGUUGUGAUUAUUUCAAUUUCAAAGCCACUUGCGAUUGCAUAUUAAAUAUCACAUAUUACAUCCCCUCAUCUCUUGGCAUACCUGCGGCAAAGUAGAAGGCUGCUGGUAGGGUUUGCCAUUGCUGCUAUGACACUGCUCAUUGAGCAGCAUAGAUAUGUAUAUUUACCUGUGAUCAUAUCUCUGCUCAUUAUCACAAGGUGGGAUUUGUUCACAGAUAAUUAUACAGCAGCAUAAGAAGAGUGGUAAUCGAGUCCUGUGUAAAGCACAUUUAUUCUGAUGGCAUUCCCGUGUUAUAUGGAGGAUUGGGUGUGUGUUAGCUUACAUUAUUGUGUUACGUACUGUAGUGCAUAUGACAUACUUCUGACUCAUGGGGGUAUACAGUAUGUAAUAGAGCAGGUGUGUGAUGUCGUCCGAGAGUGCCCGUAUUUUUUAAACGGCAAUAGUGGACCCUAUUGCAUAUACACCAUGAGCUGAGCUGUCAAUUAUUUUAUUUUUUAUUUGUUUUGAUUAUUGUCUUACUGUAUGUAUUUACAUGGUCAGUACAAGAGUUUAAGGAAAAAAAAAUAUUUUAAGAAAAAAUAAAAUCUUAAAAAUGUC